AUGACCAUUUCCAUUAUCCCGCAAACAGUUAACGUUACUUUGGAUCGCCUUCGUCAUCUUUACUUCCACCAGCUGGGUACAUAUUUUACCCAUCAGGCACUACAACGAUGUUACAGGAAGGAAGUUCGAUGUUGCGGUGAGCAUGCGGCAGCUUCUGAAAUCGGGGACUACACAAUUCCAAGACAGAUUGAUAAAGACAUACAUGGGAAACUUCCCAACACGGCGGGUGUAUUCAUAGGCAACGUAAUCUGGGACUGUUGGCAUCGGGGCAGGUAUCGGAGGAUGCAAGUUGUCUAUGGCGUGCUCUCGGAGCUCUCAGAGCGCCAUCUCUGGGGUUUAAUCUUAGGCACUAUGGCCGGAAGUGACUCCAGAUACCACUCUUUGCAAUCUAUGUUGACGCAACGUCAGCUGGCGCUGCUGACUCCGAAUGCGAAAAGUCAUAGGCGAAAAAUCAUUGGCGAAAGGGGCAAUGUCAAGUCACCUGAAGAGGAUUAUGUUCACUACGUAAAGAACUCCGAUGGUAAUACUCGACAGCCGGAGAUAAAGAAAGUCAAUUAA